UGUCCAGUAAAAUAUUAAUUUUCAUAAUACACUUAAAUUUUUACUAUUAAUUGUUCCUACUAUUUAUAUUUAUUGCGAAUUUUUAUCAGUCUUUGUGUUCGAUUCUUUUGAACAAAUUUUAGUAACGUUACCCGUUUUUACUUUUUUCUACGCCAUAAAUUUGUUUUUUUUUGUUUCAUUACUUGUAAUUUGUAAGUUCCAAAUUUCAUUAUACGAUGGCACAAAACGUUAAUCCUAGACUCGAAAGUAGUUCGUCGGACUCUCCAAAACGGAGUAAAGAUAUGAACGAUAGAAUAGAAUCAAAUAAAGUUAUUCAGAGAUUACAAAAAGAAUUAAUGAGCUUAAUGAUGUCAUGUGAUGAAUCAGUUUCAGCAUUUCCUGAGGGAGACAAUCUUUUUAAAUGGGUUGCUACAAUUAUUGGACCUAGUGAUACAGUGUAUGAAAACUUAAAAUACAAAUUGAGUAUGGAAUUUCCUCGUGGUUAUCCAUACAAACCACCUACUGUCAUAUUUAUAACUCCUUGCUUUCAUCCUAAUGUUGAUUUUGAGAGCGGUUCCAUAUGUUUAGAUAUUUUAAAAGAAAAAUGGUCUGCCAUGUAUGAUGUAAAAGCAAUACUUAUAUCACUACAAUCUCUUCUUGGAGAACCAAAUAAUGAAAGUCCUUUAAACGUUAAAGCAGCACAAAUGUGGCCAAGACAAGAAGAAUUUAAAGCAACAUUAUUAAGUACAUACAAAGAUUCUGAAUCAAACUAAUUUUUGAAAGUCUGUAGAAUGUAAUAAUUUUAAAAACUAAAUUGUUUUCCUUUCAAUUUAUUCAUUUUUAUUUUAUUUUCUAUUAUGUACUUGUCUCUUAAAAAUCAUAACUGUAAACUAUUUUAAACAGACGUUGGAAAAAUGUUUAUUUUCUGAAUUGUAUUACAUGAUUUAUGUUCUCGUAUUGAUAUUAUACUUUAGUUUUACAUACAAAUAUAUUCAAAACUUUAAUUUUUUUCUGUUCA